AUGAAGCCAAGAAAUAUAAACAACUUGUUAGCCAUUUGGUGCAUCAUAUUUUCCAUUUGUGAAUACGGCUAUGUGGGGAGCCUCCGAAUCGGGAUUCGCAGAAACUACAGUCGGAGCCACAAUCCACAUCAGCAUGGAGAAGGCGAAGUGGACUUCCGAACAAAUGGACAUUUAAGUGACUUGGGAAAGCACGAAAAUAUUUUAAGUAACAAUAUUUCUUACAAUAGCAAAAACGAGGCUUCAUUUCUUAAUCAGAAAAAACAACUUGAAGAUGAUGACGAUGACGACUUGGGGGCCCUGUACAACGACGAUGAUGAUGAUGAUGAUGCGUCUACCACUACGGGAGGUGGCUCUACGACAAGUGACGAUGACGAUCUGGAGCUUCCCGACCAAGACGAGGGGGCAGAUGAAGAAGAUGCCCAGAACCAACUAACCACCGAGGACGACGCAGAAAGUAGCGGGACAGACGAAGGACUAAAAAAGAAGUUCCAACUGAGCAAACACGAAAAACUCAUAGAAGAUAAAAAAGAACAGACGGAAAAUACUUUUAAGAAGUACCGCUUCAAAGAUGACGACAAGGACGAGGAGGUAGAUAAAGAGGCGGAUGAUGAUGGUGAGGGAGAUAAAACGCAAUCAAACACUAGGGACGCAAUGAAGAAGGACUUGAACGUUUUUCCAGGGUUAUACUUUGCAGGUAUCGGGUAUGAUUCCCUUUUUGGAAACCCCUUGGGGGAAGCAGACUCUUUGACGGACCCGGGUUAUAGGGGGCAGAUUAUACUGAUGAACUGGGAGCUCAGCAACAGAGGAAUUGCAAACGACCUGGCUACUUUGCAACCCUUGAAUGGAUGGAUCAGGAAGGAAAACGCCUGCAGUAGAGCAGAAUCGAUCAAAGAGUGUAGCAGCGUUUCGGACUACGCCAAAAAUCUGACUGCGGAAGCGAGCGUGUCAGGCAGCUACAUGGGAUUCGGGGCUUUCUCGGCGUCCACCGGGUAUAAGAAGUUCCUCCAGGAGACGUCCAAGCGGACCAGCAAGACGUAUUUUAUCAAGUCCAACUGUGUGAAGUACACGGUUGGUCUGCCUCCCUACGUGCACUGGGAACAAACGACAGCCUUCAAAAACGCAGUGGACGGACUGCCGCCCCAUUUCACAGGCCUAGAAGCAGACAGCGAAUGUGCUUCGGAUGUCUACGAGCAGAAGAAAACGUCUGAUGAGUGCGAAACUGUGCACACGUGGAUUACAUUCUUCAAGACUUAUGGCACGCAUAUCAUUAUGGAAGCCCAGCUGGGUGGCAAAAUCACAAAAAUCAUUCGCGUGGAAAACUCUUCGGUGAACCAAAUGAAAAAGGACGGACUCAGCGUGAAGGCCCAAGUACAGGCACAGUUUGGCUUUGCCAGCGUAGGCGGGUCGACAAACGUCAGUUCUGAUAAUUCGUCCAAAUCGAAUGUGGACAAUUACGAGAUGAGCGAACAGCUAGUUGUGAUUGGAGGGAACCCAAUCAAGGAUGUCACGAAAGAAGAAAAUUUGUACGAAUGGUCCAAAACAGUGUCUACCAACCCGAUGCCAAUAAACAUAAAGCUGCUACCAAUUUCAACCGUCUUCGAAACAGACGAUUUGAAGAACUCCUACGAGAAGGCCCUCAUUUACUACACCAGGCUGUAUGGCUUUUCCCCUCACGACACGAUGCAGAAGGAUGAAAAGGACAUAGUAAAGAUUCUGACCGCUUCGACGACAGUCACCAACAUUGGCGCACCCCCCAUAAGCGCGGAAUGCCCACACAACAUGGUGGUCUUAUUUGGCUUUGUAAUCAGGCAGAACUUCUGGGAUCAUACGAACAAAUUACGUUCAUACGAAAUGGAGAUCUGUGAAUCUGGCAUGAGUACCUGCACGUCGAAACAGGGAAAUACAAACAAGUAUGACGUCUCCUAUGCGUACAUCGAAUGUGGACCCCAAGCUUUACCGUUCAUCGAGCAGGUGGUCAGCGUAAGUGGCACCACUUACAACUCAUUGAAAUGUCCAAAUGAUUACUCCGUUCUGUUUGGAUUUGGAAUGGCUACUUCUUCUGGCAAGCACCAAUCGGCUCUCUACACGUAUUUCACGCCCUGCCGACCAGGCAUGAAAAGCUGCUCCCUAAACAUGAACAAUCAAGACGACAAGAGCUACAUAUAUCUGGUCUGUGUAGACGCAACCAUAUGGAGUGGCCUGAAUAACCUGACGCUGAUCACAAAGGAUGAUUUACACACCGCUGUUAACAAGUACAAGCAAUUUAACGAUGGUGAAUUAGUUGUUACAUGUCCUUCGGAAGGAACCAUAUUGACGGGAUUUUAUGGUGAGACGCAUACCUCCAGUCCUUAUGUGAAGGCGCCCUUUGGUAAAUGUGCCAAGAGUUUAAAGGCCUGUUCAGUGCAUGGGUGCGGCCAGGCAAUCGGCAUGCACAACUACAGAACGUUGUUCGCCGUGGCGCUGUGCAAGAAUGACUAG